GGGUGUUUUAAUUAUGAGUGCAGUAGGUCGUAUAUCAAUCUGUAAUAAACAACUUUAAACUUCUUAUUCAAUCCUUCAAUGUAUAUGAAGAAUUGCAUUUACCGAGUCAGAGCGACUAUUUUCUUAAUGAGUGGUUAAAUAAACCACCUGUCUGUGAAUCAGGUUGAUCAUACCAAUAAUUUACCAAUACCAUCUUUAUGUCUCUCCUCUGUCGGUGACAAACCCUUUAAGAAAAAUUAAAAAAGUUUUCUACCUUUCUUACCGAAUGAGAUUUUAGUACCACCAGUUUCUCCACAGAGUAGAUCAAGGAAGAUUCUAUUCUUCGUCCAUGUUCUUGAGGAAAUAAAACUUACACAAGCUCAUAAUAAGAACAACCUAGUUUUAUAUUUUCGGAUUCACUGCCAAAAGUAGUACCAUAACAACAUUAAAAGGUUCAGCAUUUUUUACUCAAUAAACUCGUUCAUAAGCUCAGAGACUUUGAAGGACAGACCUAUCAAAUUUUCAACUAAGAAAUUCCCCUGCAAACGUACCAGUUUUCCUCUAUACUCAUCACCUUCACUGGCGGUAUAGCUUUAAUAUGGACCCUACGGGACAAGAACUUACUUCCUUUGCUGCCUCUCACUUUGGUCCAUCAGCUACUAAAUGCUGGGAUAGUCUCUUUCUCGGGCCACCGAAUGAACAACCAGUUGUACCGGAACGUUAUCCGGACGGCACUAUUCGUACCCUCACAGACGAACAAAUUCAAUACUUUCGCGAAUCCGAGUUGCGUCAUCUUCGUUGGGAAAAAGAACUGGCACAAGAGCGCGAAGAGCUUCGUCGGAUUCGUGAAGCAGAAGAAGAAGCAUCAGCCAACGAACCACGCACAUGCUCGUCUGUGGAAGAGACACCAGCAACAGUGCCCAUUCCUGCUACAGAGGUGUUUAAAGGCAAACAUUUUCAAGUACUAAAGUACAGAGCUCACGAGCUCAUUGAACUUGAACAAACUCUCGACAAUAAUUUUCGCAAGCAAACGGCUACUGGCUUUGUGAAGUAUUGGCCGGUACUUCCAAUGAGGAAUUGAGAAAAAAAGAAAAACAGCUGAAGGAUGCCUAAGAAUACAGGCAAAUGCACCCUGCAGAAACAAAACAGUUUACUCUCAUUUCUUUUCUUCAAGAAUUCCUCAACCAUUUCGCAACCCCGCAGCUUUAUUCCUUUCCCCACGAUUCGCCAAGCAAACCUUAAAACUCUACACCAUCAAACGUCGGCCUUGCGUCACUUCCCCGUAUGCAAUCAUAAAACAGCUAAUCCGUGCCAUUUGCCAUACACUUCUUUUGCUUAUUUACAAGCAACAAACAGU